AGCUAUGGAAGAAGGGGCCAAGCUGGGCCUCCAUGUGCUCUUUUCUCUUAUCUCAGUACCUGAGUGACCAGCUCCUGCCCACUGCCCUCAGAAAGCCUAGAGCACAGGCAAUGGCAGCCUUGUUCCUGUCUGCCCCACUGCAGGCUGAGGUGACCUUCGAGGAUGUGGCUGUGCUUCUCUCCCGGGAGGAGUGGGGCCGUUUGGGCCCUGCUCAGAGGGGCCUCUACAGGGAUGUGAUGCUGGAGACCUAUGGGAACCUAGUCUCACUGGGAACAGGACAUGCAGGUCCCAAGCCUGGGGUGAUCUCGCAGUUGGAACGAGGGGAUGAGCCAUGGGUCCUGGAUGGACAGGGUGCCUCGGGGAGAGAGCAUCUGAGAGUCACCAGCUCAGUUUGUGAGACCAGGACUGAGUACAAGGAGUUGACUUCAUGGGAAACAUUUGAUGAGCAAGAACUGGACCAUCUCAGGGGGAUUUUUUCCCAGGGACCUGAACCAGUAGAAGCCUAUGAUCAUGUCAGGAAGUUGGAGGGGAGCCUGGGCAAGCCGGUGGAGCAGAGAGGCCCAAGGCCAGUGACACUGACUACCAGAGAGAGCAACUGGGAGUCUGGGGGAAACCUCAGGUUGGGAUCAAGUCCUAUCCCUGAUCAGAGACCUCACAAGUGUGAUAUAUGUGAGCAAAGUUUUGAACAGAGAUCAUACCUCAACAACCAUAAACGUGUACACAGGUCAAAAAAACCAAAUAUAGUUCAUGAUUCUGGGGAAAUCUUCAAUGCAAACUUAGUUGUUAAAGAAGAUCAGAAAAUUCCUACUGGGAAAAAAUUGCAUUAUUGUGGUUACUGUGGGAAGACAUUCAGGUACAGUGCCAACCUUGUCAAGCACCAGCGGCUUCACAGUGAAGAGAAGCCCUACAAAUGUGAUGAGUGUGGGAAAGCCUUCAGCCAGAGCUGUGAGUUCAUUAAUCACCGAAGGAUGCACUCAGGGGAGAUCCCCUACCGGUGUGAUGAGUGUGGGAAGACAUUCAAUAGGAGGCCCAACCUCAUGAAGCAUCAAAGAAUUCACACUGGGGAGAAGCCCUAUAAGUGUGGCGAGUGUGGGAAACACUUUAGCGCCUACUCUUCCCUUAUUUAUCACCAGAGAAUCCACACUGGAGAGAAACCCUAUAAAUGUAAUGACUGUGGGAAAGCCUUUAGUGAUGGCUCAAUCCUCAUCCGACAUCGACGGACUCACACUGGUGAAAAACCAUUUGUGUGUAAGGAAUGUGGCAAAGGCUUUACCCAAAGUUCUAAUCUUAUCCAACAUCAGAGAAUUCACACCGGAGAGAAACCCUAUAAAUGUAAUGAAUGUGAGAAAGCCUUCAUCCAAAAAACCAAACUUGUUGAGCAUCAGAGAAGCCACACUGGAGAAAAGCCCUAUGAAUGUAACGACUGUGGCAAAGUUUUCAGCCAGAGCACCCACCUCAUUCAGCAUCAGAGAAUUCACACAGGAGAGAAGCCCUACAAAUGCAGUGAGUGUGGGAAGGCCUUCCACAAUAGUUCUAGACUCAUUCACCAUCAAAGGUCACACCAUGGAGAAAAGCCUUACAAAUGCAGCGACUGCAAGAAAGCCUUCAGCCAGAGUACGUACCUGAUUCAGCAUCGGAGGAUCCACACUGGAGAGAAGCCCUACAAGUGCAGUGAGUGUGGGAAAGCCUUCCGGCACAGUUCCAACAUGUGUCAGCAUCAGAGGAUUCACCUGCGGGAGGACUUCACCAUGUGAUGGUGGAGGAAGAUCUGAGGGCAGAGUCCUAUUGAGCACUUCCUUCAUGUGCCCCUAACACCUACCCCUGCCCUUUAUUUAUUGUUCACAGGGUGAAAGGGCAGUUCUGUCUAAUUAAAGAAAACUUUUUUUAAACCAAAA